UCUAACAGUUCUAAUAAAUGCGAAAAAACUUCUUAAACAAAUUAUUUUAAAUGUUUUAUAAGAAUUAAGUUAUUUUGUUUUAAAUUUGUUUUGUAUUUUUAUUUCGUAUUUCGUUGUUACUUUUAUUUAAAAUGUCUCAAGAACCAAAAGUUAAGAAAUCUUCCAACACCAGCGCUGCGGGUAGUGAUCCCACUAAACCGCCUAAAAUCCCGACUCAAAAAAUGGUCGAUAAUGCUAUUAAAACUUUGAACGAGCGUACGGGGUCUUCCCUAGCAGCAAUCAAAAAAUUUAUAUCUACAACUUAUUUAAUCGAUCUUGACAAAGCAUCUACGUUAAUUAAGAAGUAUAUAAAACAAAGCGUUGAAAGUGGGAAAUUUGUUCAAACCAAAGGGACGGGUCUGACUGGUUCAUUUAAAUUCUCUAAAGCCGCAUUGAGUGAACCUAAGCCUAAGAAAAAAAAACCUAAGGUAGAUGCUGAAGGGGUUGUUAAGAAACCUAAAACAAAAAGUAAAGAAGGCAAGGAAUCAACAUCAAAGCCUAAAAAAGAUGCCGUGUCAAAGAAAAAAGCUGACCCAGCGAAUAAAAAAGAUGUGCAGCCAACAAAGAAAACUGCGACAACGACGGCGGCGAAGGUCAAGGCACAGGUAAAAGUCCCGGUACCAAAAGUAAAAGCUGCUGUUGCAGAGAAGCAAAAAAUGGCUAAAGAAGUCGCAGUUCCUAAGAAAAAGCCUACAAAGAAGCAAGAGUCAGAAACUGCUGGGAAAACUACAGCUAAAAAAAAUACUUCAACUGAAAAGAAUGUUAAAACUGCAAUCAAAAAGACUGGCAAAGAAAACAUUCCUCCAGCAAAGCAGAAAGCCGCAACUAAGAAUAAGAAGGAGGAGGAACCACCUGUGCCACCAAAGGUCGAUGAAAAAGAAUCGGAGGCUUCACCCACAGUUUCACCUAAAAUAAAAGUCAAGCAAACCUCUAGUUUUACACUUCCACCCACUGGCAAUGAUGCAGAGUCUGAUGAGGAAUCAUUUGACUCAGAAGAUGAGGACGAGGGGGAAGACGAAGAUGAUGAUGAAGAGGAAGAGGAAGAAAAAGAAGAAAAGAAAAAGGAAGGCAAAGUGGUAGAAGAUGAAGAAGAGGAGGAUGAUGAGGAGGAAGAAGAAGGUGAUAAUAACAUUCCUUUAAAAUCUGAAAAACCAAUAGAGGAUCAAUUGAACGAGUCUGAUGGCAGCUUUGCGUCUGAACCUGAAGAGUCACCUGUAAAGCCCAAGAGUAAGGCAAAAGCUAAAACUGUUGUUAAAAGUGUAAAAAAGCGAAAAUCAAUUGCAACUUUAGUUAACCCAGUAAAGCCGAAGAUAACAAAAAAGUAGACGAGCAACGAAUGUUGCCAAACUAU